AUGCCGCGUAUUCAAUCCCACGACUACAACCACCCCUCGUAUCACCCACAGAACACCUUCGCAUCACCAAGCCUACGCUCCGGAUUCAGUCCAGCCACCCAAUCCGUAUCCGUGGUAGUUCGAAACCCACGCCCAACCAACAACACACCAGGCUCAGAAACACGAGCAAAUAUAACCGGAGGCUCAUCACGAGGGAUCCUCGGAACCGACCUUUACUAUGCACCCAUGGCCGUGAGCAUGUCUCAAGACGGAGGCGAAGGAUCAGUCCUGAUGUCCAGCCCAAGCACCGGCACGAAACGACCCAACGACGACGACCUAGACGACAGUUCCCGCCAACACAGACGUCUAACGACGCGAGAAGAAGUAGCUCUAUUCGAAAUCUGUAACCGAAACGCAGACACAUUCGGCAGUCGAAGCAAUCUGUGCAAAUGGUGGGCGUCUAUUGCAGCGGAGUUCACGCGCACGCAUGAAGGCCGGACUUAUUCGUGGCAUUCGGUACGGAGGAAGGUGGAAAUGGUUACGAGGCAGAGAAUCAAGUUCCUGGAAGAACAGCAACAGCGCGGUACGGAUGGUUACCAGACGGCUACGGAACUGAUGAACCCCGGUUGGUUGGCUGCUGUUGAUGCGUGGAUUCCGACUUGGCAGCGCUGGGAGGAAGCGGAGAAUAGACGGAUUGCGAAGCGGGAUGAGUUGAAGAAGCGGAGACAGCCGCAGCCUUGGAGGAAGAAUGGCAAGAAAGAGGAUUGGCGGGAUGUCUCGUCGGUUACUAGUCCGACCGGUGUCAAUACUGCUAUGGCGGGAAUGCUACAGCAAGGCUUGAAUAAUGGUGAUACGGCUGCUACGACUAGCCCGACACCUUCACCGACAAUCACCGGUCCUACGCCAGUGCAGUUCUCUGAACAACCAUCCACACCAGUCUCUGCACCUUCACUGAAACUACCCCCGGGCUUCGAGAACAUGUUCGCAACGCAAUUACCACAUGUUCCGCCUCUGCCUUCCGCAUCUACAUCAGCUCCGCCUGACGGCCGGAUGGUCUCAGCCGUUAUCGAAACAUUGGGGAAACUAAACAAACACCUAGACUCUGCACCGGGUGAGGGUGUCACCUCACCUGUCAUCUCGGCUUUGGUGCAGGCGUCAACCUCGACUCAAGUCUCUCCCCGGAAACAGCAGCAGCCACAGCAACAAGACCAGAAUCUUACGCAGCAGAUUGAGAAGAUGAAGAAAGAGCUUCGGCAGGAAAUGCAGGAUCAGUUUCGGCAGGAGUUGGAGAAAGAGCGGGUUUCGAUGGAGGAGAAGCUGGAUGCUUUGCAGCGGACUCAGGAUUUGAUUCUUGAGAUGUUGCGGCAGGAGCCUGCUUAG